UGUCGGUGGGCGGGGUUAGGUCCCGUGUGGCGACGGCGCAAAAGGAGAAGAAUAAACGAAGCUGCAACUACCGCGACCUGUAAAUGGCGGCAUCUCCAACGGAAAGAGACUACACAAAGGUAAUAAGAGAGCCCUAUGAAUACAUUAGUCAGGUGAAGGGAAAAGGGAUUCGCUUACUGCUCGUCAACGCCUUCGACUACUGGCUGCACAUCCCAGCAGACAAGAAAGCAGAAAUCGGGGUUUUGACCCAAAUGCUGCACAAUGCCAGCUUACUAAUAGACGACAUUGAGGACAACUCAAAGCUGCGAAGAGGGAUCCCAGUGGCUCACAAUGUGUUUGGAGUGGCACAGACCAUAAACUCUGCAAACUUUGUCUAUUUUGAGGCUCUGCAGCGUACGUUGAAACUCGGACAUCCAGAUGCAGUCAACAUUUACACUACUCAGUUGGUGGAGCUCCAUCUGGGCCAGGGAAAAGACAUAUACUGGAGAGACAGUCACAGCUGUCCCUCUGAACCUGAGUACAUGCAAAUGGUCAGAGAAAAAACUGGCGGGCUUUUCAUGCUCGGGAUUGCUCUAAUGCAGCUGUUUAGUGAAAACAAAACGGACUACACUCCAUUGGUGGAAAUGCUGGGGCUGUAUUUCCAGAUCAGAGAUGACUAUGCCAAUUUGAGUUCGGAAGAGGUGAAAGUGGACAUCUGUAGAGAGGGAGAGGGAGAUGUCCAGUGUUUUUUGUCUAGUACGCAGAGAACAAGAGCUUCUGCGAGGACCUGACUGAAGGGAAGUAUUCGUUUCCGAUCAUCCACGGGAUUAGGGAGACAUCAUUCUCGUCACAGUUGAAGAACAUUCUGAGACAAAGAACAGAAGACAUCGAUGUGAAGAAGUACUUUCUCCGGUGCCUACAGGAGGCAGGAUCUCUGGACUAUACGAGACAUAUUUUGGAGGAUCUGGAAUCCAGGCUAUUAGCCGAGAUAAAGAGGUUGGGAGGGAAUCCACUGCUACAAGAUUUGAUUCAAAAACUCUCUCAAGUUUAUAAAAGAACUGCAUGAUUAGCUUUCGUACAAAAAAAUACUAUGUUUUUGAAUUCAGCAAAAGAGGAAAAAUACUCAAUGCUGUAAUGUGCAGCAAAUGAGGGACAGAUAUUUGUGGGAAAACAUGGUUUAAAAAUCUUGAAAAAAUGUUGGAAGUGGAGGAAAAAAAUUGCAACUGAGAAAAAUUGUGACGAUAGGUACAAAACUUUUUACAAACGUACAAAUUUCAUGUACAUACGUACGUAGAAUGGCCAAACAGCACAAAUUUGACAAAGCUAAGUAAAUUUUCAUUGAUACACAAAAAUCGACAGACAAACUGACACUCAGCAAUCGGUACAACCCACAACACCACCGGCAACUUCAAUUAACCUCGUUUCCGGGUGUGGGUGUGUCCCAUUGGUUACCGGCGGCGACCGUCCCCGUUGGUGCGUGCGUCCGUUCUGGAACUUGUUUUUCCUGUCGAUGGUGUGGCACUGUGUGGCAACGUUGUGUCCGUACAUUGCCCUGUCUUGGUUGGAAGUUGCUUCAACGGCGUAACCAGUCGCUUUCAUGUUGAGGUCCUUUGACCCCUCCCCCCUAUAGUAUGAAGGGGAUCCCAGCUGGUGCCCCCUCGGGGAGCUUGCCCCCCGGGGAGGAGGGGAAUUUGAAAUACGAGGGACCGUGCGAGCCCCCCGAGCUGGUAGUGCUGACUGGGGUACCAGCUGCAGCUGCUCCCCCGUUACUGUAUGGGGUGCUGACUGGGGUACCAGCUGCAGCUGCUCCCCCGUUACUGUAUGGAGAGCUGGGGAUUCCCCCUUGGGAUUGGUGGUGGUGGGCACUAAAUGGAGACAGCGGUACCAUCCCCGGCCUUUGUUUGGUCGGCAUUGUCAUGGCAGUAGCCAUGGUGGCACUACGAGCUCUGAAAACGUGGUUUAGAUUCUGUGCCGAAGAUGGUCUCGGGAGGGAAAAAUUAGGCGGACCCUCGACUGACGAGGGUCGUUUGGGGGGCGUGGUCUCCGAAUGAGAUGUGGAAGAGUGUCUCUUCUUCUUCAGAGGUAGAGUGGAGUAGUGUCCGCUGGGGGGCGGAGUCUGGUGAGGGUGUGAGGAGGUGUAAUGGUGAGGGUGGGAUUGUGCUCGGCAGUACUGGUGCUUGUGAGCUGGAGUUAGAGUCAGUGGAGACAAUUGGCUUGGGGGCGUGGCUUUUGAUGGAGUUGAUGGCUUAGUGGGAGUGGUCUGGGAUGAUUUGGGCAUGGUUUGCAUGGAGGGCGGAGUCGACGGUUUGGGCGGAGUCGAGAGAGGAAGAUUCUUUGUUGGUGAGGGUUUGUUGGUCUUGUUUUCCGGUGGAGUGUUGGGCUGAGGUUUGUUCCUCUUGUGCUCCGGAGUGGAAUGGUGACUGGUUGUGGGCGUGGCAUCUCCGUCAGUCAUUUCCAAUUGUAUCGCUGCUGCACCGUUGCUAGGCAACACGGUCGGCUUGUUAGGAGAGUAAGGUGGAGGUUCGAUGCCUUUCGUCCCUUGUUUCCCGUUGCCAUAGUGACGAUGAUUUAUGUAUGUCGGGAGGUUGCUGAUUGGGUCAAGGUGGACGACAACGGCGGCUGCGUUGCCAUGGGGAUUCAUGUCACAGUUGUUCCUCUCGUACAUCUCGGCCUUGUCGGUGAAGUUUGAAGCUCCGUCUGUGUCUUUGUUACAGGCUCCUUUGUUAGAGGUAGAUGGUGGAGCAGGUUGGCUCUGGACGGUGGGUCUGCGAGAAGAGGAGAUGAACUUGUUCCAAAUGAACCUGCCCUUGUUCUUGAGGACGAACGCCAUGACCAGGAUGCCGAGGAUGAUUCCGCCGACAAAGGCACAGAUUGUGCCAAUGAUGGUCCAUUGGUAGUUGCUCUGUGAGGCUUCUUGUUCCCCCGUCACUCCACCCAGUGAUGGACGAACUGGUUCAGAUGUCGGACUCGGUUUAGCUCCAACCGUGGAAUACGGAUCCCCUGUUUUGGUUUCCACGGUAACGGGAGUGUCGACAGCUCUAGUUGGGGUGGGCGUGGUUUCGUUGCUGCCUGGAGGUGCAGAGCACGCUGCGAUGUCGCCGUUGGCAACGUCUUGCAGGAGUCUUAUUCCCGUCACUCCACCAUACACAGACACACAUUUAUUCUCAACAGGAUCGUAGGCAC